ACACCUUCAAAGAAGGUAGCCGCCGAUUUGGCCAAAGUGGAUAUGAACAAAGCCACUCCCAUCAAAGGUGCAAACGGCAAGCAAGUCAUCCAAGAAGAAGAUGACGAUGGCAUGUACGGCAAAUUCGUAGGAGAGGUUGAUCUACCCGAAGAGGAAGAACCACUUCUCGUAGAAAGCUCUCGUCGUUUUGUCUUGUUCCCCAUCCGUUACCACGAGAUCUGGCAAAUGUACAAAAAGGCAGAAGCAUCCUUCUGGACUGCAGAAGAGAUUGAUUUGUCAAAAGAUUUGCACGAUUGGGACAACAAAUUGAACGACAACGAACGUCAUUUCAUCUCUCAUGUCUUGGCUUUCUUUGCCGCUUCUGAUGGUAUCGUCAACGAAAACUUGGUCGAAAGAUUCAGCGGUGAAGUUCAAGCAGCAGAAGCAAGAUGUUUCUAUGGAUUCCAAAUCAUGAUGGAAAACAUCCACUCAGAAACUUACUCUUUGUUGAUCGAUACAUACAUCCGUGACCCUGCACAACGUGAAUUCUUGUUUGAUGCCAUUGAAACAAUUCCAGUCGUCAAGACAAAGGCAGAUUGGGCACUCAAGUGGAUCUCUGACAAGCGUGCUACCUUUGCUGAACGUUUGGUAGCCUUUGCUGCUGUUGAAGGUAUCUUCUUCAGUGGUUCAUUCGCAAGUAUCUUCUGGCUCAAGAAGCGUGGAUUGAUGCCUGGUUUGACAUUCUCUAACGAAUUGAUCAGCAGAGAUGAAGGUUUACACACCGAUUUCGCAUGCUUAUUGUUCAGCCACUUGCGUAAACGUGCUCAUCCAGACACAGUCAACAGAAUCAUCACAGAAGCAGUAGCAAUCGAACAAAGUUUCUUGACUGAUGCUUUGCCAUGCAACUUGAUCGGAAUGAACUCAAAGUUGAUGUGUCAAUACAUUGAAUUCUGUGCUGAUCGUUUAUUGGUGGCUUUGGGCAACGAAAAAGCAUACAAUGCAACCAACCCAUUCGAUUGGAUGGAGAAUAUCUCUUUGACCGGAAAGACAAAUUUCUUUGAGAAAAAGGUUGCCGAAUACUCCAAGAUGGGUGUGGCUCUACGUGAAGAAGAUGAAUCGGAAAGCAAAGAAGCAAACGGACCGACUGUUCGUAACAAUCACGGAUUUACCGUUGAUGAAGACUUUUGAGAUCGUUGUCUUCUUUGUUUCGUCUCUCAAUCAUUCUUUUUUUUCUGUAUUUGUACCAUUAUAUGCACUGCCACCUUUUGACUUGCACAUUUGUGAUGCCAUGUUUGGUUUCAUCACGAUCAUAUAUACACCUCUCUUGCUCUCUGUCUCAUAAAUCACACACACAUAAUCACUACUCUAGAAUGUAUGUAGAAUGUGGAAACACGUAUUUCUCUGAUUGCAAUUUGAACAGUAACUUGAUAACGCAUAUCUG